CCGCUCACCCCGGCCAUAUACCCUCUCGUCCACGACUGCCACGAUCUUCCCCCCCUGUUGCCUCUGCCCAGUGCUACGGCCAGGUACUCCUCGUCGUCCGCAAUCAGCCAUCGUACCGGGGACGGAGGUCGACCGAGUCCCCGAGGAUGCACUCAGCGCGCGUAGAGUCCACUCUCUAUAUUCGCGUCGUUGCUCUGUCAAUCGCUCUUUACGACUAUCUCCUGACGCUACCCGCAGAAUGGCGCUUCUACAGAAGCCAGAGGUCCUGGCGCCUCAGUCCAGGAUGCAUUCUGUUCAUUGCUAUCCGCUACACCAGUGUAGCUGUCCUUGUCACCAGCAACGUCGGCUUCUUCAGCGAAUCCUUCACGCCGCAAGGAUGCAAAAAAUACUACAUCAUCCCCCCGGUACUCAAAGUCGUCCAAAUAAUGAUAUCACAGUUAAUCUUGGGUAUCAGAACUAUCAACAUCUCACGACGAGCACCACGGGUCUUUUGGACCGUCGUAGUCGCGUUCAUCUCGGUUUCAAUUGCUGAGGCGUUUUUGAACCUAUCGAAUCGAGUUCAACUGCCCGCACCGCCAGCUGCGCAGGGCCUGCGUCACAACUGUACGGCGGGAAACAAACCACCAAAGUUGACCGUAUGGCUGUUCUAUGUCUUCGCCAUGAUUUACGACCUCCUGGUACUGGGGAUUUCGACAUUCUAUCUUAUAGGCUUCGGUCCCAACUUCGGAAAAUUGGGUCGCCUCGUCAGGAUUAUGCUCACAGACGGCCUUGUUUAUUUCGUGGCAUUAACUGGGGUCAACAUAGCAAAUCUGAUCUUAUACAGAAGCUCCAUUGAAGCAGCCCAGUCGUCAGGCGUAACCCUGGGAUAUGCCCUGACGUGGAUCAUGAGCCAGCGCAUCCUCAUCCACCUCCGCGACGCCGCGGCGGCGCACAACCGGCCCGCGACGACCCAGAUCAUCGUCUCGCGCCCGCUCGCGUCCGCGCACUCUGUCUCGCGCGCGAUGCGCUCGCAGUUCGACACCAAGGCGUCGCGCGCCCCCUACCAGCUCUCGACCGCGUUCGACAUGGACGUGUCGCUCGGCGACUGGUCGCUCACGUCCCCGCCGCGCGACUCCGAGGCGCGCGGGCCGCACGACCUCGAGAGCCAGGUGCGGAGCCAGUCCGACAGCCCGGUCGUGUUGAAGAGAGGGCUGGGGGCGCUCGGGGAGGAGGAGGGAGAGGGAGAGCGAGGGGGCGAGGCGAUGGCGUUUGAGGUCGAGGUGCAGGUCGAGGAGACGGUGACGGUGGAGUAUGAGCCGGCGGCGUACGAGACGGAGUCGUAUCGGACGCCGAGGGUGCUGUGGUCUCGGGAGCAGGAGCAGGAGCACGCGCAGGAGCAGGAGAGAACGGAGAGGGAGCAGAGAAGACAGAGAGGCACCUUCAGGGGUGAUGGGAGGGGGGCGAGCAGGCUGUCCGUGCUCGGGGAAAGGAGCAACGCCGGGAAGAGCAACGCUGGGGGGGGCAAGCGCGGGGACCAUCUCGGAGAUGGGAGCGCGGCGGGAACAUAACACCGGCUUGGUCGUAUGCAUCGUGCUGUCUUGCUUCUUAUUUUUCCUGGUUGGGUCUUCAUCGCUGAUGUCUUCAUGUCCCUCUGGUCCUCACGCUGGUAUCCUUAUCUGUUAUACGCCUAUGUGCCUGCCCCUCUCGCCUCUCCACGGAUUCGUUUGCUCUCCGUCGCCAUCUCCCUUCCCCUCAUCCACACAUCCGCACGUUGGUCCCCCUGCACAAAGUCUGCUUUGGUUGUGCAGUAUAUUGCUUUUGCUAACUGCUUUCGCACUGUCUCACCUUUCCCAAAUCUCAAGGUUCUCCUGGUUCACAUCCCUGUCAUCAUGAUACAUGGGCUAUGCAUCUUCCCCACCCCACCUAUUGUUCUCGUCCCUGGGUCACACACAUCUUCACGGGCUAUACGAAUCUGCUACUACAUAAUAUGUACCAUCUUGUCACUUACUCCUCAUUCCCCCCGCAGCCUUCCAGCCGUAUAUAGCUGAUCGCUGUGAUACUG